CACCAGGAGGAAAUGACGUACAAAGUUCUGGAACGGAGGGCCAUACAAAUCCGAUCAGAAGAAAUAAUUCGGUUCUAUGAAGUAAGUGUUGACAACCGAUCAACGCUUCGAUCACGCGGAUAUGGAGUUCGCGGCCAACGGCUGAUUUGCAGAGGUGAAUUCAUCCGACAACCGAGAAUGUCCUUGCUUUGUUUCCUCGGAGUUAAUGGAAUCAAGGAAGUUUACAGUACUGAAGGUACUUUCAACAGGGUCAAGUUUUUCGAAUGUGUUCGCAAGUUCUGCCUAGAAUCCGGAGACAUAUAUCGAUAUCCCGGAUACCACUCUGUCUGGAUUUUGGAUGCAGCGCGUAUACUUCGUGACAAAAUGAUUAUUUCUUAUUUGCGCUCUUUGGGAAUCUACAUCGUAUUUCUUCCGGCUUAUUGCCCCUUUUUUAACCCUAUUGAGGUCGUAUUCGGAAAUGUUAAACGGGCAAUGAAGAAGUAUAACCCGGAGAAAGGAAAGCGUGAUUACAAACUGUGCAUUGCAGAGACUUUUCAAGCAUAUUCCAGUAUUGACGUGACGGCUCUUUUCAAAAAAUGUGGAUAUAUUCGUGGUGGAAGAUUUGAUCCCAGUUUGGGACUUGAACAGGAUCUCAUUCGACUCGGAUUUAAAGACAACGCAGAGAAAAAGCGUAAUUUGUAAUGUUUUUCUAUUAGCUUACUAGCUAGAAUCGGUCAUCAUAACC